AUGGAAGGGAUCAUCUUAGCAUCAGCAGCGAUCGCGACUGUUUACGUUGGCUCAGAAUGGUCAACACGCGAAACAAAUCCGGACGAAAAGCACACAAUUAAUAAGAAACUUGCAGCAUUGUUUCCUGUGUUUGGCGGACUUACUCUUGUCGGUAUGUAUCUGAUUCUCCGUUAUUAUGGAAAAGAAUACAUCCAAUAUAUAUUGCAAGGUUAUGGCAGUUUUGCAGCAGCCAUGUGCUUUUUACGGACUCUAAAUUGCAAGUCUACACUUGGAAAAUCGAUCAGUGGACUGCUGACAAUUGCUAUUACUAUCCAUUAUCUAAAAACAAAACACUGGUUCACUUCUAACUUGCUUGCAUGGACUCUGGCAGCCAAUUCGAUUAGUAUGAUGCGAAUUGACUCUUUCGCUACUGGGGCCGUUCUUCUAGCUUGCCUUUUUAUUUACGACAUUUACUUUGUUUUUGGUACCGAUGUCAUGGUCACUGUAGCAACUGGAAUAGACAUUCCAGCCAAGUAUGUAAUUCCCAACUUCACAAAGCCUGGCCGGUUCUCUAUGCUUGGCUUGGGCGAUAUCGUUAUGCCCGGCCUUAUGGUCAGUUUGAUGCGGCGCUUCGAUGUUCACAAUGCCCAAAAAUCCAAGGAUAAACGUACAUCUACGCCUUACUUUAAAUGGACCCUUAUUGCUUAUACCUUGGGACUUGCUAUUACCAACGGGGCCUUAUACUACUUCCGUGCUGCUCAACCAGCACUUCUUUACCUUAGUCCUGCCUCUAUCCUAGCACCUCUGUUAGUUGCUUGCUAUCGCCAAGAAUUAACUUCUUUAUUUGCUUUUCGCAGUGAAGAACAAACAGAAUCCAACAAAACAAAGGAUGAGUCUACCCUAAAAAACAAGGAAAAUUAA